AUGGCAAAGGAGUCGCCAAAAAAGGGUACUUCGAGCAUAGACUACAUGGAUUGGAAUGAAGAGAUCCCAGGAUUGGAAAACAGCACCCCCAACACCAAGAAAGAGGAAGAUCAUACCAUUAGUACGGAUAGUACUGACGACGACAUCGACCAAUUUGAUAGCAUAAUCGCCUUGCACGUUCUGGAAGAAGGUCAGGCUAGAGCGAAUAAAUACCCGCCUCCAUCGCCAGUAAGAGAGAUAGAAGUCCAGGAACAGCCUUCAUCAGCAGUAGUAUUAGCCAGAAGGAGAACAGCGCUUCCGUUUGACCGACUAGGAGCGAUGUAUUUUGCUGUCGCUCUUUGUGCCGCGGUCGCAACUUUCGUUCUAAUGCAACAUAUGCAUGCCAAACUUACAGCGAAAGAUUGA